CCGCCGUCCAGCCCGCACACGGGACACACCGGGACAGGGACAUGGAGGAGGCAACAGCCGCUUAGCGCAGCUCAGCAGCAGGGCAGGAGGAGGACGGACACCGCGCUGCACCUGCCGGGGACUCGCAAGCAGACAGGAGGAGAGGAGAGGAGGAACCAGCCGCUGCCUCUGCAACUUUUUUUUUUUUUUUAACUUAACGGCGGAGUUUUGGCUCAGACGGGGCCAUGCGUGCCAAACACCAGGCAGGUUUCUGUCCGCGGGUAAAGGUGUUUUAAAGAGUUGGGAGUGUUGAGACAAAGUUUGGGAAGAAGUGAUUUUUUUUUUUCUGCUCUUAUUGGCGGACUGUCUGAAGUCUCCUCAUCCCGGCCCGGUUCAGCAGCAUAAUGCCUCGCCCGGGGAGGAACACCUACAGCGACCAGAAGCCUCCGUACUCGUACAUCUCCCUCACGGCCAUGGCCAUCCAGAGCUGCCCGGAGAAGAUGCUCCCGCUGAGUGAGAUUUACAAGUUCAUCAUGGACCGGUUCCCGUAUUACCGGGAGAACACGCAACGGUGGCAGAACUCUCUGCGCCACAACCUCUCCUUUAAUGACUGCUUCAUUAAGAUCCCGCGCAGACCGGACCAGCCCGGCAAGGGCAGCUUUUGGGCUCUGCACCCGAGCUGCGGCGACAUGUUUGAGAACGGGAGUUUUCUGCGGCGCAGGAAGCGCUUUAAGGUGGGCAGCAUGCAGGCCACGGAUCAUCUGGCGCCCAGCAAGACCCAGGACGCCGCUCACUACCUGCAGCAGCAGGCCAAGCUGCGGCUCAGCGCGCUGCACGCCGCCGCGCACCUCCCGCAGAUGCCGGCUGGAUACAACCUGAGCUCCGUGUCUCAGCCGUCCGGCUUCAAACACCCGUUCGCCAUCGAGAACAUCAUCGCCCGAGAGUACAAGAUGCCGGGCGGGCUGGCGGCCUUCUCCACCGCCGGGUACCCGCUCCACAACCAGCUGACCCCGGCCUGGCCGCACAUGUACGGCUCCGGCAUGAUGGACACCGCGACCCCUAUCUCCAUGGCAACCAGCGAUUAUUCAGCCUAUGGCAUGCCGCUGAAGUCUCUCUGUCACAGCGGACAAACUCUGCCCGCCAUCCCAGUACCCAUUAAACCCACGCCCACCUCCAUGGCGGGCCUGCCGGGGCUGCCCACACACAUCCCGGCUUUCCUCGCGAACUCGCCCCAGUCGCUGAGCCCCACAUCCCCGCAGACAGCAGCCGGGCAGAGCAGCCCGGUCGCGCCCGGAGAGGCGCUGUCCUCCUCGGCCUCCGCGCUGCAGCCCGCGGUGACGGUGCACUGACGGGGACUCUCAACACUUUUUAUAAAGACUUUGAAAAAAAAGAGACUAAAUGAAAUAAUAACUUUGCAACUCCAAAGCAGUGUUUCAACUCCGUGACGAGAAUGUGAGGACGUGCGAUCAUUAUUUUUUAAAUAUUUUUUAUCGUGUUAAUUUCUCUGAAGAAAAAAAAAAGAAUCCAUCAUCUCACCCUGAACAUGUUUAACCGUCAUGUAAAGAAACAGCAGGCUGACCUCAGAUCUUCAGCAACAAUUAUAAUACAUUUAUUAAUUGUGAAUCUGUCAUUUAAAAACCCCUCUAAUGAUUUUUAAUGGUUUCAUUUGAAUUCCUCCCCAGCAGACAGACUCGGGGCUGCGGGUCGGAUCGUGACAAAUGAUCCGGAUCUUUUGUGUUUGGAGUCUUUUCUUCUCACACUCAAAGAAGUCUCUCAGAUUAAUGACUCUUUAACUUUUCUGCACUCGGGCCUCUCUGCUGUUUCUUUUCUGCGAACGAAAACAAAAGUUCAGCCGAAAAGGAAAUGCGUUUUUCACUCUCUGGACUGUCCUCUGAAAAUAACAGGACAAUUAAAAAUAAUGCAAACCAAAUAAUCAGGCAGUCGUUUUUAUUUUUUAUUUGAGAGUAUUUGACUGAGGCAUUAAAAACAAAUUUAAAAAAAGGAAGAUUUGAAAUUUUAUUUUGAAAGUCCAAAAAUGUAGAAUUUUUUCGUUUUGAGAAAAACGUAAAAAAUGUAAAGUUAAAUUGUAGAAAAAAAUAUUCCUGUAUUUCAGUUCGUUUGAUUUAAAAUAACAAAUGCAGAAAAUCUGAUUUC